AUGCAAAACCAAAUCCGAUACGGAUGUGUUGCACCAUCCCUCACGAUACAAGACCCGCCAGGGAACGGGGUUGACACUAGCACAAGCAGGGUGGACUACAGCAGUAUGCGUUUCGAUGACAGCUUCGUGGAUGAGGAAUUCUUUGCAACAGGCUCGAGGAGUGUUGGGGCAUGGAAUGACGACCUACUACUCGCAGCGACUAACUUUCAUACCAAUGCGGGGAUGAACAGCACGAGCAGACACGACCGAUCACAUGCAAAUGAUCUGGGCAGUGCUGGAGGCCACGAUCAAAGUUAUGGGUCAGCCCAGGGGCAACAUGCCUCUCAUCACGCUGAUCCCCCCCCUGUUCAAAACACAGGCGCGGGCAACACAGCAGCAAUGACCACUGAUGGUGAGAGCGACUUCGAGUAUGAUGAUGAGGUAAACGACAAUGAUCUUGAAGGAGAGCUUGCGGGUGAAGAAGGAUGGGUUAUCGAUGGCGACUGGGUAUUCGUUCGGAUUGGAACAAACAUGUUGUGGACUGGGGAGGACGACGAAGUGAUGAAAAGGUUGCAAGAUAAAGUGCAUGAGAUCGAGGCCAAGAUUCAAUUGAGGACUUUAGAAGAUGCCACCGAGGCUGCUGAGGAAGUAGUGACCAUCUGUGAAGCGAUUGAUAGGGAGGAAGAGCGGGAACGGGCUGAAAGUAGCAACACCGAUCGGCAGCGAUCAGACAGCAUAGACAGCGUUGAAAGCAUAGCUGAAGGCGAAGCAAACUUGAAUGCCUUUCUAGGAGAGAUUGAUUCACAGCGAAGCACUGGUGAGGACAAUGCAUUGUCGGAUGGAACAGCAGCGGUGACCUCAACAUCGCACAAUCAUCCUGCCUCCAUCUCAUCGAGUUCGUCUUCAUCGCCCAACGUCGCGGAAGAGUGCAUCACCAUGUCGUGUGCGCAUACUCAAGAUGGCCCAUCGUCAAGAAAUGACCAUCAUGAGAAGUACACAGUGUGUGGCUCGAGGAUGAAAUCCAAGGCCUGGAGGAGGAGAGAUCUACUGGGGAAGUCGAAAGCCAUCACUGACGGUUUGUGCGAUCUGCUGUACCGUGGGGAUGCUGCUGCAAAGAUCACCGCGUGUGCUGCGAUAACCGGGCUCUCACAGAAUCAUGUUGAGAACUCGACUAGACUUGGGACCACGCCGAACCUUCUGGAGGGGCUUCUAAAUGCCAUGAGCGCUCCUGGGCCUUCAUCGCAACCCAGUGCCCCUGAGAGUCUAGAGGAGAUUCGGGAGGUGGCUUGUCAGGCGCUGGUGCAUCUUGCUAUGCAAAAUCAGUACAACAAGUUGGCUAUCGUGCGAUGCGACGGGAUGCUGGGAGCAAUCCGAGAUCUGCUUACUGGAGACGUUCAACCUGACACGCAGGAUACUGCUGCAAUGGUGAUUGCAAACUGCGCAGACAACUUUGCUGCUGGAGGAGGAGCAGAAGCAGCAGAAAGGAUCGUCGAGACUCCUGGGAUGCUGCGCAACUUGUGCGACCUCCUUGUGCAGAGCUUGUCGACCUGGACAGACAGCGCGGACAGAAGUGCGGGACUUGCUGCAGUGAUCAGCCUCAGCGACCAUCCGAAAGUCCUUCCGAAGCUGCGUCAGGGAGGGAUUGUGCAGUGUCUGGAGAAGAUGCUGAACUCUAAUGAGAUAGGGAAGGAAUACGAUGCGAUGAGAGCUGAGGUUACCGACGCAUUCAUGGCGCUGUCGAACCUGGCUGAGGAUCCAUCGGAGCUUGAGGCGAACCCAGCUGUGCUUACGACCGUCGUGCGUCUAGGCCAGGAUGUGAUUUGGGCUGUUCGAGAAUGUUUGAAACCGCUUGUAAGAAUAUCUUCAAACAUCAGCAACAGGAAGCACAUGGUGAGCCACAGGGAGACCAGCAGAGUCUUCACGAGAUUGCUGAAGCGAUGGCUAAAUCAACCACUCACGCGACACCAAAACCUGGUUGGAAUCGAUGAAGAAGUCGCUCUCACUAUCAUCUUGAUCGGCAGAAUGCUGGAGGUCGAUAAUGGUUCUCUGUCGUUCGGUCUCAAGAACAGGAAGGGUGUGACAUCAGCCUUGAGCUCCAUCGUAGCCAGGAAGUGUGAACCACAGGUCUCUAAAACUUCACUAAGGUCUGGCGCGAUACAUGGAGCUCAUUUGCGGGGACCAACAACAGCGACUGGAGACUCUCUUUCUUCACCGAGAGACAUCUUGCUGUCUGCAUGGCGCUUCAUCACAGGCUCGGACAAAACUCAGCCGUAA